AUGAACACCAGCUCCUCGAAUACCGCCGCUACCACGAUCCUGGACUUGCCGGCGGAAUUGAUUGAGCACAUUUGCUGCUGGGACUCGUUGAAAUUGGUUGACGUGUUGAACCUUGCUGUCACGCACUCGAAACUGGAAAAUUGCUUGUUCCAAGAGUCAAACUCUCGCCUGUGGAAAUCCAAAUUCAUACAAAAAUACGGUUUGUUGGACAAUGAGGAAUAUGGAGUUGUUAUCGACGAGGAAAACAGUUGGAAGGAUGAAAUAAAAAUGCGUAUAAGUUUGGACAAAGCUGUAUCUGAUGAAAUAAAACAAAUGCCGUCCAAGUACAUGAUGAUUAGAGAUAUACCUUAUCAUGCAUUUCCUUUAAAUCAAUAUUUGCACUCAAAAAAUGAAGGCCAUAGAUUUUAUAUUCUAUCAGCAACUGCAGCAUAUUAUAAGCAACAACAGAGUAACGAAUGCUGUGAUGAUCUAUUGUUCAUGGCACAUCAAUUUCUUAUGUAUUCGUGCCAAGUGUAUUUUGGUUACAAGAUACGGAAUUUCUUAAGUUUACCACCGGCAGAACAAAUUGUUGAACGAGGAUUUUACUUACUUGAACGUUGUUUUUGUCCUACAGUUGACAAACCAUAUCAGGAUAUGAAUAAAAGUUUAAAUAAUAUAGCUAUUAAUGUGUAUAAUCGCAUUUGGUCAGCAAACCCAGUCCAUCCUCUGUUUGAACAUGAAAACUGUUUAAAAAAAGUGGUUGAACGAGGAAAAUUCAAUCUUGAUCAUGAUUUAUUUGAUGAAACUAGCACAAUGUUUAUACUUGACAACAUAAGACAAAUCAUAUUUUCAGAAGAUCAACUGGUUUGUAAUUGUACCGGAAACUUAAAUUGCUUUUUCUUACAGCAGGUUAUUGAAAAGAGAAAAGGUUCUGUAUUUUUACUGUGUGUAAUAUUUGAAUCGGUUGCUAGACGAUUAGGAGUAAAAGUUUUUAUAACUGCAUCAUCUGUUUUCAAAUAUGCAAAAAAUUUUGUAACAUGGUCAUCUUCAUGGCCGGGAAACAAAAUUAAGAACCCUACAUGCUACUUGGUAGAUAUCGCUAAUCGUGGUGUCAUGAAGGUUAAUCGAGUCUCAAGAAAAUUGCCAAAACAAUAUAUUGGAACUUCUAUACUUGACUUGUUUUGGACAUUUAGUAAAAACGUGGAACAGGUCUUUAGUGCGGAAUCGAGAAGGCCAUGUAAAUAUGUGUGGGAUUUCCAAGUAUUCUUAAAACCUGAUUAUCCUAAUCUUCUGAUUCGAAAAGCAGAUAUUCUUCAGCUUUUAGACUUUUGUCGAUGCCCCUUACUUAGAAAUCCGGAUAAUCCCAAUGCUCCAAACCACGAAGAUGAGAAGAACAAUAUUCACAUAGAUUGGGGACACACUUUCCCGCUAACACCAAAACGACGUGGUGAGUUCAAUGAUCCAAAAUUUGCAAUUGGGAUGAUGAUUGCAUAUAUUAACACAAAUUCAAGAGAGGUACUGCUACAGGGAAUUGUUGUGGGCUGGGAAAGAAUAUGCCCCACAAACCGUACAGAACAUUACUAUGUGCUCAUCAGACCUCAGUCGUUGGAGGUAUUUGAUAACCCUAGUACCUACAUCAUGUUUGACGAAAGAAAUGGAAACUUGCAGCGGCAACUCAAACCAGACUAUUACAGGUUCAUGAACACUGGCAAGUUUUUCACGCAUUACAGUCAUGAGUUGUGCGCUUUUAUGCCAAUUAAUAGUUUGGCACAACUUUAUCCCGAUGAUCUUACUUACACUAUUACGCUUGAGAAUGUUUAA